AUGCUCUCCUCUAUUCUGUUUUUGGGACUUAUUGCCCUUAUCGGCACUUCCAGGGGCUUGUACCCUUUCACUCAGUCAAUGAACCCUCACCUGCAUCCCCGCCUGUACCAUGGCUGCUAUGGCAACAUCAUGAUCAUGAAGACCUCCGGCGCUGCCUGUGAUAUAACCAAGUUGAUUAACUGCGGGAUCCGUGGUUCUGAAAUGUUUGCUGAGAUGGAUUUGAGGGCCUUAAAGCCUUACCAGAUUCUGAUCAAAGAAGUUGGGCUGAGACACUGCAUGGACCCUGCUCUCAUUGCAGCCAUCAUCUCCAGAGAAAGCCAUGGCGGAACCGUCCUGAAAGAUGGCUGGGACCACAAGGGACUUAAAUUUGGCUUGAUGCAGCUUGAUAAAAAAAUUCAUCACCCUGUUGGUACCUGGGACAGCAAAGAACACCUUUUGCAGGCUGUUGGGAUUCUAACAGAGAGAAUUAAGGCAAUCCAGAAAAAAUUCCCCACGUGGAGUGUGGCUGAACACCUCAGAGGUGGUCUCUCGGCCUUUAAGUCAGGAAUUGAUGCCAUUGCCACCCCCGAGGACAUAGACAAUGACUUGGUCAGUGAUAUUAUUGCCCGAGCUAAAUACUAUAAAAGACAUGGCUACUAGGCAAAGCUCUGCUGGUGGAUC